AUGUCAAGUAACCUAAGAGCUGAAAAUAGAAGAAAUCGUCGAAAUGAAAGAAAUGAGGCCAGACGAGGAGAAAUUAAUCGUUGCCAAAAUGAGAGAAAUGAGGCCAGACGAGAAGCAAUUAAUCGUCGCCAAAAUGAAAGAAAUGAGGCUAGACGUGAAGAAGUUAUUCGUCGCCAAAAUGAAAGGAAUGAGGCUAGACGUGAAGAAGUUAUUCGUCGCCAAAAUGAAAGAAAUGAGGCUCAACGAGUAUUAUUUAGGCGUGAAAUGCAUUGCAUAGCAAGAAAUAAUGUUUUUAUAGAGAGUAAUUACCUAGGAGAAAUGAACCAUAAUUGUCAGUAUUGUGGUGCUAAAAAAUUUUUAAAUGAAACACAUUUUUUGUGCUGCCAUUCGGGAAAGGUUGUCUUACCUCCACUUUUACCUUAUCCACUGCUGAUGGUUGAUUUAAUGACAGACAACCAUGUUGAUCGUGCUUUGAAUCAAAAUUUUUUCAAGCAUAUACGAAAUUAUAAUGCCUGUCUAUCUUUUGCUUCAUUCAUAGCCACAAUAGAUCCUCCGUCAAAUCGUGGUCCACCCUGUUUUAGAAUUAGUGGGCAAAUUAUGCAUCGUAUUGGUAAUCUACGACAUCAGCAAGGGGAUCCACCUGCUUAUUGUCAAUUAUAUGUUUAUGAUCCUAAUACUGCUUUAAACUUUCGAAUGGAGCAAAAUGAUUGUUGCAUACGUGAGUUAAUGGAACUUUUGCAGACAAUAAUUAAUCAGGAGAAUCCAUAUGCGCUUGCAUUUAAAAACAUGGCAGAAGUUGAAGAUGCAGAAAUUCGUCAAGCUGCUAUAGAAGGUCGACCGAUUUCUGUUGUCAAAAUGUCGUUGCUUGAGGGUUGUGAUAGACGUCGAUACAAUCUUCCAUCACAUGAAGAGGUUGCCAUUGUGUUUGUAGGAAAUGAUGGUGCUCCACCUCCAUCUAGAGAAGUUGUUAAUUAUCCUCGAGGUCAACCCUUAAAAACAAUUUCAAGUAUGUCUGCAAAUCUAGAUCCAAUGAUAUAUCCAAUAUUUUUUCCAAGAGGUGAUGCAGGAUGGCAUGAUCAACUAGAGCACAAUCCUGACCGAGCAAUACGUGUUCGAAAUCGUUAUGCUGUUGAUGCAUAUGUCAAGAUUGAAGGACAGCGCCUUGCUUUUAUCAGAAAUAACCAAAACAAACUUAGAAGUGAACAAUACGAUACAUUACAUGAGUAUGUAAAUAAUGUUGCAAAUAACCUUUAUCUAGAAACAGCAGAGGAUAUUGAUAGUUUAAUAUCAGCUGAAAUUUCAGAUCAAACUGUUGAUCCUGAACUUUUUAAAACUGUAAAAACAUGUAUGAUUCAUUGA